AUAUAAGUAUCUUUGCACGUUUCAUUGCAGUCUCUCCACCUCAUCUUAUUUUCUGUUGUCCAAGAUUUUUAUUAGAUUUGUGUGUGUGUGUGUAGUGAAGUGAGAAGAGAAGAAAAUGUUGGCUAUUUUUCAUAAGGCAUUUGCUAACCCACCUGAGGAGCUCAAUAGUCCAUCAUCCCACCUUAGUACUAAGAAGCCUAAAUCUCCAGAAGAGACCCUCAAUGAGUUCCUUUCUCGUCACCCUCUUAAGACCUUUUCCAUGAACUUUGGUCAUGCUGCAGUGCUGGCUUAUGUUCCACCGGACGGGCCUUACUCAACUCAUCAAAGGUUGUUUUGUGGGUUUGAUGAUGUAUACUGCCUCUUCCUGGGGACCUUGAACAACCUCUGCACUCUCAACAGGCAAUAUGGUCUGUCUAAGAGCACAAAUGAUGCUAUGCUUAUCAUUGAAGUUUACCGGACCCUCCGUGACCGAGGUCCCUACCCUGCUGAUCAAGUCAUCAAGGAUCUUGAAGGAAGCUUUGCCUUUGUUAUCUAUGAUAGCAAGGCUGGAACCGUUUUUGCCGCCCUGGGUUCAAAUGGAGGAGUAAAGCUUUACUGGGGUAUUGCAGCCGAUGGUUCUGUGGUUAUAUCAGAUGACUUGGAUCUCAUAAAAGAGAGCUGUGCCAAAUCAUUUGCCCCAUUUCCCGCAGGGUUCAUGUUCCACAGUGAGAGAGGAAUGAUGAGCUUUGAGCAUCCAAUGAACAAGAUCAGGGCAAUGCCAAGGAUAGAUAGUGAAGGUGUGAUGUGCGGAGCCAACUUCAAGGUUGACCUGUAUUCAAGGGUCGACAGCAUUCCCCGGGUGGGAAGUGAGGUCGAUUGGAGCCAUUGGGACACACAGUAAACUCAAAAAUAUUUCUUUGUCCUGCCUCUCCAUUGCUCAAAAAUGUUGCUUCUGUCUUUCUUUCUUGUUUUGCAAUGAGUUUGCUCCUCUACCUUCAUGUAAAUACUGUUGGAUAGUUGCCAAUCUUUCUUUGUAAUUUUCUAAGAAAUAACAGAAACAAAGUCAUGCUCUUUGUUGCAAUUUGUGAUGUUAGCUAAUUCUUAGAGAAGGAACCUUGAAAUUUGUGAUCACAUUAACCUUUUUACU